AUGGGCGGUGCAUCCAAUUUCGCUGCCAGCACUACAGGCAUUUCUUCACGUAUGAACGAUGAAAAUGUGAAGAGGGAGUUGAAGAAGAAGAGUCAAAGUGUGGGCGAGGGCAACGGUGAUGGCCAUGAUAGGAAGACAGCUUAUACAAAGAACAGGAAGGCGUUGGGUGAAAUAUCUGAGUCGGCACUAAACAGCAGGAUGACAGAGAUACGGAAUAAAAGGGCAGAGGAGGCAACAACAGAAAUAUACAAGGGGAAAGAGACAGAGGACGAGGAACUGAGUGAUUCGGAAAAUAGAGAAGAUCUAACGGAGGACGAUAUGGAUAACGCUGAAGAAGAAGAUGAGGCAGAGGAAUCAGUGUGUUACGUAAACGAGCCAAUGAGCCCGAUUGUCCGCAUAAAGGAAUACAAAGAGAUAGCGCGGGCGUACAGUCGAUACUCACGUGAUACGCUAGACCCAGAUGAUGAGGAUACUUACGAUAUAGCAAUGGUGGCGGAGUACGGAAAUGAGAUAUUCAACUAUUUGCACAAACUUGAGAUCAAGUACGCACCAAAUCCUCACUAUAUGGAGGAGGUACAGACGGAAUUAGUCUGGGAUCACCGUUCAACACUCAUGAAUUGGCUUGUGCAACUACAUUCGCGGUUUAAUCUACUGCCGGAGACGCUAUACCUGGCUGUAAACAUAAUAGAUCGUUUUCUCAGCAGCCAGACGAUCUCUCUUUCGCGUUUCCAGCUGUGCGGCGCGGUUGCACUCUUUAUAGCAGCGAAAUAUGAAGAGAUUACUGUGCCUACAGUGUCUCAGAUGAUAUACAUGGUGGGAAAUCAGUUCAACCGCGAGGAAUUCCUCGUUGCAGAACGGUUUAUGGUGGAGGCCUUGAAGUUUGAGUUCAAUUACCCGGGCCCAAUGUCGUUUUUACGCCGUGGUUCUAAAGCUGAUGAUUACGACAGCGAAAUUAGAACUUUAGCCAAGUAUUUCCUCGAGAUAACGAUUGUCGAUUCAAGAUUUGUGGCAUCCCCAGCAAGCUGGCUUGCUGCUGGAGCACAGUACACAUCACGGAGGAUGCUUGGUCGCGGAGGCUGGACUCAGGCCCAUGUUUAUUACACCGGAUACACAGCUGAUCAGCUAGAUCCACUAUAUGCCGUUUUUGUGGAGUGCUGUCUCUCAUACAAAAAGCACCAUAAGGCAAUCUUUGAUAAGUACGCCCAGAGGAGGUUCCGCCGCUCGUCUAUGUACGUGCAGGAAUACUUGAAGACGUACUAUUCGGAGAAAUAA